CACAAAUUGAAGUGAUCCCUUGCAAGAUCUGUGGGGACAAGUCAUCAGGAAUCCACUAUGGGGUUAUCACCUGUGAGGGGUGCAAGGGCUUCUUCCGUCGUAGCCAGCAAUGUAAUGUGGCCUACUCCUGUACCCGUCAGCAGAACUGCCCCAUCGACCGAAACAGCCGCAACCGAUGCCAGCACUGCCGCCUGCAGAAGUGCCUGGCUUUGGGCAUGUCCCGAGACGCUGUCAAGUUCGGCCGAAUGUCCAAGAAGCAGAGGGACAGUCUGCAUGCAGAAGUGCAAAAACAACUGCAACAGCAGCAGCAGCAGCAACAACAGGAACAAGCGGCCAAGACUCCUCAAGUAGGGGGUCAUGGAGCAGAUACACUUACGUACACUUUAGGGCUCCCGGAUGGGCAGCUACCACUGGGUGCUUCACCUGACCUGCCUGAGGCCUCUGCUUGUCCCCCUGGCCUACUGAGAGCCUCGGGCUCUGGGCCACCAUAUUCCAACACCUUGGCCAAAACAGAGGUUCAAGGGGCCUCCUGCCACCUUGAGUACAGUCCAGAGCGAGGCAAAGCUGAAGGCAGAGAUGGCAUCUAUAGCACAGACAGACAGCUUACUCCUGGAAGACGUGGAAUUCGUUUUGAGGAAUCCAGGCAUCCUAAGCUUGGGGAACCAGAACAGGGUCCAGACAGCCACUGCAGUCCCAGUUUCUGCUCUGCCCCAGAGGCACCGUAUACCUCUCUGACAGACAUAGAGUACCUGGUACAGAAUGUCUGCAAGUCCUAUCGAGAGACGUGCCAGCUGCGAUUGGAGGACCUCCUACGACAGCGUACCAACCUCUUCUCAAGGGAGGAGGUGACUAGCUACCAGAGAAAGUCGAUGUGGGAGAUGUGGGAGCGCUGUGCCCACCACCUCACUGAGGCCAUUCAAUACGUGGUGGAGUUUGCCAAGCGGCUCUCGGGCUUCAUGGAGCUCUGCCAGAAUGACCAGAUCAUACUACUGAAAGCAGGAGCAAUGGAAGUCGUGCUGGUCAGAAUGUGCCGGGCCUACAAUGCCAACAAUCAUACGGUCUUUUUUGAAGGCAAAUAUGGUGGCGUGGAGCUGUUCCGAGCCUUGGGCUGCAGUGAGCUCAUCAGCUCCAUAUUCGACUUUUCCCAGUUACUCAGUACCCUAUGUUUUACUGAGGAUGAGAUUGCCCUCUACACGGCCCUGGUUCUCAUCAAUGCCAACCGUCCUGGGCUCCAAGAGAAAAGGAGAGUGGAGCAUCUGCAAUACAAUCUGGAGCUGGCCUUCCAUCACCACCUCUGCAAGACUCAUCGCCAAGGCCUCCUAGCCAAGCUGCCACCCAAAGGGAAGCUCCGGAGCCUGUGCAGCCAACAUGUGGAAAAGCUGCAGAUCUUCCAGCACCUCCACCCCAUCGUGGUCCAAGCCACCUUCCCUCCACUCUAUAAGGAACUCUUCAGCACUGAUGUUGCGUCCCCGGAGGGCCUGUCCGAGUGACCUGGAGGAAGGACAGCUUUCUACUUCCUUCAGCCUGCUGGCCCAUCUCCCAGCCUUUCCCUUUCUGCACUCUCUGGAGGGUGAUAUCCCUGGGAGUAAGCAAAUACUAAGACUGGUUUUCUGCCCUGAGGCUUGCCUGGCAGUCCAACAGUGGCAGGUGAUGGAGAAAAGGCUUGCUUUGUUUGAUUUCCCAUAAGUUCCACCCUGGCUUCUGGAAGAUAUGGGAUAGAUAGGAUAUAAAGACCUAUUGAAAACAUACAGAGGGAUAAAUCCAGGUACCCGGGAUGAACUCAACUCUAGGCUCAAAAGCUAACACCUGCCCUUUGAAUACCUCAUAGAAUUUCCCCAUGGGCUCCGGCUGGGGGAGAUGGACCUAGCUCAGAGACUAGUGGCAAGCACCCAGAAGGACCUGUAUGUAUAUAACAAGAAUCCAGAUCCUUGAGAUUUUUCUGCCUUCCUUCUUCUUCUUAGUUCUGUAAUGUUGUUAGCCACCCUGCCCUUUUUCUGGGAUCUAAAAUACCUGGAUAUGUAAAGAAUGAGGAUGGGAUGGAGAUGAAGGCCAGGAUGACUGUUUCAUGGGGCUUGGGUGUGGAGAGAGAAAACAAUGGUAGCCAAGAACAUCGAUGGCGUGAACCUCUUGUGCACACUUGUAAAGCCAACCUUGCUAGCAGUCUAAUCAGAUACACACAUUCACACACAGGUGGAGCACACAGCGGCGCUGCCUCCAGUGAUGAAGCCCUGUCACAUCCACACACAGAUGGGGUACACAGAGCCUCUGCAUGGGGUAACCAAGUUCUGUAAACACUUUUCCUCUGAUACAAUCUCUUCCUUGAGGUCGCAGCUCUGAGAAGCCUAAGAGCCUUAAGGAAGAGUUCCAGUCCACACAGGGUACCAUCCCAGCUCCAGCUGCAUUCUGUCCCAUAAACUGUCCCUACGAGAAGCAGAGGACUGGACGCUGAUCAUCCGGAAAUCCAAGGAGCAGCACCUGGAAGGACGCACUUGACUUUAGUCUCCACACGUCUCUCUCUGUGAGGAAGGAGGGCAGGACCAUGCCCUGCUCUGUGCCUGUGUGCUGCUGACUCCAGCAUAACUAGGAACAGGGCGGGGACCUGCUCUCCAUGAUCUUACUCAGAAUUUCUCUCAGCUUUGUAAAAGCCAGACUCCCCUAGGAGGGGUAAGCAGGUGAUGAGGAGGAGGGAGAAUUUGUUUUUCCUCCCUGGGGAAGGAUUUAGCUAGGUAAACAUAAACCCCAGCUUGUGCCAUUCUUUAUAAAAUGAUUUUAAAGGCUGGAA